CGUACCAACGGGUUGUGACUUGCGAGGUCCCCUUCUGAAACAAGACAAGGAGACUUAAUUGACCCUUUCGAUCACUCUAAAUCCACACUGGUUCCCUCUCCUUUUUACUCCAUUUACUUAAUUAUUAGUCACUACCGGUACGCGGACGCAUAGCACACUAUUCUCGUGACAAUAAUCGUGAUAUCGGCCUGUAUGAUUCUUACUCUUGCGCUGUAUCCACAGUAAACGUUUGCCGUCCGCCGUUUAUCUACAUCAAUGCUGUGAGUAAUAAUACUAUGGUCAUCGCCUACUUGGUCGAGUGUCCACUGUAAACACUGAUCAGGUAUAACUGAGAUCACGCGGCAAACGACAUGAGGAAAAUCAGAGCAGUGUACGUUUUGGCGGUAUUCCUGUAUUUUGCUUGGUACCCUUGCUGCCAAUCGACUCCGGCCGAAUGUGACUUCAACGAAAGCUACGAUGAACUGGUUACCGUCAACGUCAAGGAACCGGUUACUAUCCGGAAAAAUGAAUGGUGUUUAAAAGUCCCGCCAAGGUGCCCAGUCGACAGACUAGAAUACAGGAUGGUGCCUAAGAACAUAACGGUGACUAAGACAAAAACGAUCAAACGGUGUUGUCUUGAUCACACGAGACUGUACAAUAUCUGCGUGCCCAGAUGCAAUCCAGAUCAAUGUCCAAAUAUGUUGUGCUCAGUGGACGAUGAUAAAUGCACAUGCAAACCGGGCUACGUGGGCCGCAGUUGUCAGACAAGAUGUGAGUCUGGAACGUGGGGUGACCGAUGUCGGAACUUGUGUGAAAAUACCUGCCCCGAUUGCGACCACCAGACCGGAAGUUGUUCGUUCCAUCUGCUUCUGAAGAAGAUCUCGGAAGAUGCCAACAGUGCUGUUGCGCAUUUGGAACCCCAGGAUGUACUAACUGUCUCUCUGACAACUAAUCAAACCGAUUCUACGCCAAUCAAGUCUGAUACGCAAAUAGAUUUACAGAAUAAUGCCACAUCAACUUCAACUAACCCAGCAACGAACUCUACUCCGACGCCGGAAACUACAGCUACUCUUACUAGCUUUCUGGAGGAGCACACGUCGACGAAAAAACCAGGUGGGAAAAGUCAAGGCUAUUACCGGGACUUUGUUAUGACCGUCACCAACGCCAAAGCCACAGUGUACAACAGCUAUGACCCGGAUGAACUAAUGAAAAAACUCAUCUGGAUAUCAUUUAUAACCGUGGCGGCAAUUGCCAUGACAUUCGUUGUGAUGCUGCUUGUGUUUUUCAAAUGCGUUGCCUCCCCUUCAACCACGCAAGUCAGGCAAGAGCUGGCAGUACCCAGUGACACCAAAAACGAGUCAUACAACAUGAGCAUGAUGUCGAACAGAUACACCAAGACCCCAACGCCAAAGCACGAGGUUAUCAAAAGUGCCAUGCAUGUUCCUUCCGAAACAUUUUGUCCGGUUUUCAAAGCUCCUAAUUAUUUUCCUGCAGCUGGAAAUGACGUAUACGAUUACCCACAACCAAUUUAUGAGGUCCUGUGUUAAACAAAAGCAUAAUGCUUUGUAUAAUUAUUUUUAAUUUAGUCUUAGCAUUGCAAAGACCAAAGAGUUAAAUGAAAAGUGGUUUAUAUAUUUUUUUGUAUUACUCGUGUUUAUAGUUUUUAAUGUAUAAUAAAUUUAUGCGUUCGCAUAUAAAUGUACAGUGACCGACAAACAGGCGAAUCAAAUACAUUAUUGAUUCAAUGCAGGUUAAAUGCAGUACCAAUAUUACUAUGAAAAAAAUAACGAUAAGGCUUUAAAUCAUUUUAUUUCACCACUUUACUAAACAACUACCUACAUAAUAUUGGACCAUAAUAUUUGCGCUGUACAAAUGUCAAAUACUAUAACUUAACGAUACAUGUUUAUAAUAAAUCACUAUAAUUAAAUGGAUCUUUCUUGGAAUUGUGAUUUUAACUAAACUAUAAAGUACUUUAGUCUGCAUGGGUUCCGGGCAUAUUAUUAACGUGGCGUGUCACGUUCAAUAAAUAACGUUUAGACGGCGUUCUAGGUAUGCAAUUUUGAUGUAUUUCGGUAUAUAACGAGUAUUCGGCGUUUCUGUAUUUCCAUUAUGAUUUAAAUUUAAAAUAACUAUGGCGAAAAUAAUAGUUUAUGAAAUGUUAUCUUUUUAUCUAUAUAGUUUUUCCUAAAACAAUUGUUAAGCUUCAGAAAUCAAUUAAAAAAAUUAAAAAUAUUUCAUUAAAAAGUAUAUCCGUAAGUUAGAAAUUAAUUUAUUCGAUUUUUACCGUAGUCGAUCAAAAUAUGUUGUUCAUAAAAAGUUGCUACAUUAGUUGGUUAAUAGGUGGGCCUAGAAGGUGACAAUGCACUCAGACGUGUAGGUCCAUUGUGUGUCAGUUGCAACAUUACUUACACACUAAAGCUUGAUACAUAGUUUUCCUGACCUAAAAUGUUUAUAUUAAAACUGCUAAUAAUACAUUUUACAAAAUAAAAUUGAAACAUACGA